AUGCCUCCCCAGAGCACGGGCGCCGACGCCAUGCAGGUGGGAUCACUGAUGGUCGGCGUGGAGGCCAAAAACUCUCCGGACGAGGAAAAGGGCGUGGACGCGGCCGGAUCGGCGGGGGUGCGGAGCAACGACAACGGUGGCGAGGAGUUGGCGAGCGAGGGGUCCAUCGAGGGCAUCCCGCUGAAAAGAUGGGUGAUGCACGGCGCCGUUAUGUUCGGCCGGGAGUUCUGCUACGCCAUGGAGACGGCUUUGGUGACGCCCGUGCUUCUGCAGAUAGGUCUUCCAGAGCAGUACAACAGCUUGACGUGGUUCCUCAGCCCAGUACUGGGCCUCAUAUUCACCCCUCUGAUCGGCUCGGCUAGCGACCGCUGCACCCUGCGCUGGGGUCGCCGGAGGCCCUUCAUUCUGGCACUUUGCAUCGGAACGCUGAUCGGGGUGGCGCUAUUCCUAAAUGGAUCACUCAUAGGCUUGUCUCUGGGCGACGUUCAAGGUAGACAGCCAAUAGGAAUUGUUCUGACCGUCCUGGGAGUGGUAGUGCUGGACUUCUGCGCCGACGCAACGGAAGGACCGAUUCGAGCGUACCUUCUGGAUGUGGCGGACACGGACGACCAGGACAUGGCACUCAACAUCCACGCCGCCUCAGCAGGUCUUGGCGGUGCGGUGGGUUACGCCUUAGGUGGUCUUAAUUGGACUCACACCUUCUUAGGAGCCAUCUUUAAGUCCCAAGAGCAGAUUCUCUUUUUCUUUGCUGCCAUCCUGUUCUCUGUGUCAGUGGUGUUACAUCUGCUCAGCAUUGACGAGCAACGUUAUAUCCACCAACAUGACAGGCUGGAUCAGGAGAGUCCAGCUCCGAGCCACUCGGAUCCUCCAGCUAACGGCCGCGCCGGAAUGGUCACUCCCAGGCUGGAAAUGAUCGGAGAGGACGAAACCAUGGACAGCCUCGACCUUUACGACGCCUACAGGGACGAUCAAUCCGAGCCCGGUGACAUGGAGUUGAACUUCCUGGAGGUGGAGCUUGUGAGGAGUAAAAGCGACAGCGUCUUAGCCAUGACAGACGCCACCCUGGACCAUAUGGACCACGACGCCAUGUUCCUGUGCCACAUCGAGCCGUCCAUCUUCGCCGACCGCCUCUCCCCCUAUCACGGCUCCCCUACUGCCGCCCCUCACUUUCUCUACGCCAACCAUUGCACACCGCCUUCCCGACUAGCUUCUUUACGCCGCAGCAGCAGCGCGGGCAGUCAGGAUUUUCUACGCCCCCAAAACGGCGGCCACCCCCCAAAACUGGACAGCGGCAGGAUUUGCCGUCUUUCAGCGUUCAUGCAGGAAAUGGAAAACGACGAGGGUCAGGAGGCGUUGCUCAACAACCAGCUGAACGAGGAACGAACGCGAAACGGACGCCUGUUGGCGCGCGUUGCCGCUGGCGAAACAGAUAGUACAAAUGGACUGAGCGCUAAAGGCCGCGCGCAUCGGACUGGAAUGGUCAAAGCCGCCAGUACCGGCGCCCCCACGCGGAUUUCGCGUCACCACCACACAAUGUACCGUCAACCUUCUUGCACCUUUUCCUACUACGGCCGCGUGGGCAGCCACCGUCACCGCUAUCGGCGGGCUCACGCCGUCCUUCUCAUCAAGCCGUCACGCAGCAUGAACGACCUGUACGAAGUCGAGGCGCGACACCGACGCCCGAGCCGUCGGCGCGACCGCCACCGCAGCGGCAACACCAACUCGUCCAGCGGCGACGCCGAGAGCGAAGAGGGCGAGGUUGAGACCACCGUACGGUUGCUGUGGCUCUCCAUGCUAAAGAUGCCGCCUGAGCUUCUACGCCUUUGCGCGUGCCACCUACUCACGUGGUUCUCCAUCAUCGCUGAAGCUGUCUUCUUCACCGACUUCAUGGGUCAAGUCAUCUACCACGGAGAUCCCAUUGCUCCUGUUAAUUCCACGGAUCUGAGUAACUAUCACCAAGGCGUUCAAAUGGGAUGUUGGGGCCUGGUUAUAUACGCCAUGACUGCCGCCACGUGCUCAGCUCUCCUUCAAAAAUACCUGGAAAACUUUGACUUGAGCAUCAAGGUCAUCUACAUCUUAGGAACACUUGGAUUCUCCAUAGGAACUGCUGUUAUGGCCAUAUUUCCUAACGUCUAUGUUGCCAUGGUGAUGAUCAGCAGCAUGGGCAUCAUCUCCAUGAGUAUUUCCUAUUGUCCCUACGCCUUGCUGGGGCAGUACCAUGAAAUGAAAGAGUACAUCCAUCACAGUCCCGGCAGUUCCCGCAGAGGGUUUGGCAUUGACUGCGCCAUCUUGUCUUGCCAAGUGUACAUCAGUCAAAUCCUGGUGGCGUCUGCUUUGGGGUCCGUCGUGGAAGCUGUCGGCAGCGUGCGCGUUAUUCCCGUCGUGGCCUCCGGGGGCUCUCUGUUGGGAUUCCUCACCGCUUGCUUCCUGGUUAUAUAUCCCACACAGGGCGGGGAGGCGGGAUCAUCCAAAACUGAGAAACAGGCAUUGACCACGCUUGCCAAUCCCAGUGAAGGAGUGAAAGAAAAACCCAGCUUUUUAAAAAUCAACAAGGAGGGCAAGACCACCACGACCACCUCCUGUCACAUGGAGAAUGAAUCUGUCUUGUGA